AUGGCCCGCACUGGCUCGGGAAAGACCGCAGCCUUCGUAAUCCCCAUCCUCGAGCGCCUGCAGAGACACUCGGAGAGUGUGGGCUGCCGGGCUGUGGUUCUGUCUCCCACCCGAGAGUUGGCGUUACAAACAGCCAAGGCCUGCCGCCAGUUGGCUAAGUUCAUGGACUUACGCAUUUGUGUGCUGGUAGGCGGCCAGGCCCUUGAGGCGCAGUUUGAGCAUUUGGCGAAUAAUCCGGACAUUCUCGUUUGCACGCCUGGACGGCUGACACACCACAUCUCUGAAGCAGAGCUGAGCCUCCAGCGCGUGGAGGUGCUUGUUUUCGACGAAGCGGACCGACUCUUCGAGUUGGGCUUUGCAGAACAGCUUCAGCAGGUACUAGAGGCCAGCCCUCCAAGCCGACAGGUGAUGCUUUUCUCUGCAACGCUUCCCCAGCAGCUUGUAGCCUUUUCACGUGCCGGCAUCAAGGAUCCGGCCUUCGUUCGCCUGGAUGCAGAGACCUCUCUUUCCGAGCAGCUUAGCCUUUGGUAUCUCUUUGUCCGGCAAGAUGAGAAGCUGGCAGCUGCCGUGGCAGUGCUGCGUCGAUUUCACAACGAGGGCAAGACCACCAUCAUGUUCGUUGCGACGAAGCACCACGUGGAGUUCUUCAACGAGCUGCUGCGUCAGCUCGGUCUUUCUGUGGCUGUGGUGUAUGGUCAAAUGGAUCAGACAGCUCGUCAGGAACAGGUGGCCCGCUUCCGGAAAAAGGAAGCCCUGAUCCUGGUGACCACCGAUGUCGCAGCACGGGGCGUGGACAUCCCGCUUCUGGACCACGUGGUGAACUUCGACUUCCCAGCCAGCGCCAAGCUGUUCAUCCACCGAUGUGGGCGAACUGCCCGUGCCGGCCGCAGUGGCCUUGCGGCAUCGCUGGUCACUUUGGACGACCUGCCUUACACAGUGGAGCUGAUGACCUUCUUGGGCCACAAGAUGCGCUUGCCCGGAGAAGGCACUGAGGGCGUGGACAAGGACGAAGCUUCGACCGAACCCGUGCUCGGUGCCAUGCCGGCCUUGGACCAUGAAGUGGAGGCCCUGGGCGCCUUGCUGGAAGAAGGCUCCCUGCUGCAGAGUUUGCAGAAGUCUAUGCAGGCUUCCUACAAGCUCUACUACAAGACCCGGCCGUCUGCUUCCCGUGCCUCUGUAGCCCGAGCCAAGCGUCUCCUGGCAGACUGCGGUGGCCCUGCGCACCUCCAGAGUUUGGUGCACCCGGCCUUUGCCAAUGGCCUCGCGGCACCUAAAGGGGCUUCAGGCUCCAAAGGUGUGACAGCAGAGUCAGGCAAGUCGGACAUGCCCGCAGUUUCCUCCGACCUCGCAUACCUUCGCAAUCUUCGUGGCUAUCGUCCCAGGGCUGAGAAGCUGGGCAACGUCCUGUCCUUUUCUGCCAUGCGGACCAUGGAACAGGAGAAGCUCGACGCGGCGGCUAUUGCCUCAAGGGACACCCAGGAGGCAAUCUUGGCUGAACCUGCAGCAGCCUCAGCUCCGCGGCGCCGUCGUGCACAGUCUCGCAAGCGGCCCUCGGCGCCCUCAGCACCUGCACCGCCAAAGGCCGUGAAACGGAGCCGACCGCAUCUGUCGAAGGCAGCGCGGCGGAGGCUGCGGACAGGAGAUGCCGAAGUGCGGCAAGAGUUUGGCGAAGACUUCGACAUCACCAUCAACGACAAUGAGGACAACGGAGCCUCGGGAGGGAAGGUGGAGCAGUUCUACCUCAGCACAGAGAGAGACGUCACAGAGGAGGCACGAGAACGUGGCUUCGACAUGGAGCAGUACCAGAUGGACCUUUUGCCUGACGAUGCCUCGGACAUCAAGAAGGCCAAGAGCGUCAUGCGCUGGGAUGCCAAGCGGAAGAAGUACCUCCCGACGAUGGUGUCCGUGGACGGUCGUGCCCUGAAGGGACAGCGGCGCAACGAGAGUGGGAAGAAGGUGAAGGGGGAGAAGGAGAAGGGCAGCGCCUACCAGAAAUGGUCUCAGGCGACAAAGCGGCGGAUCCAGAAGGUGGGAGAAGUUGAGGAUACAUCGAAUACAUCGCAUGCAUUGGGCAGGCUAAAGAAGUCGGAGGCCAAGACAAUCGAAUUCGAUGCGACCGCUGAGCCGGUAGACGCACCAAACUCCCGAAAGCCCGUUGUGCCAUUCCAUGGCAAGAUCAGCCAAGAGCACCUGACACACAAGCAGAAGCGUGCCCUCAAGAAGCGGGCAAGAUUGGACUCAGUGGCCCAGGGUGCUGGUACGACAGAAUUGAAGACAGCACACCAGAUGCAGCAGGACAAGAAGCUCCGGGAUCGGCAAAAGCUCAAGCAGAAGCCAUGGCUCCGCAAGCAGCGGGCCAAGCAAGCCAAAGAGACACGCAUGAAGAAGAUGGAGGAACAGCAGAUGAAGUACGGAGCACGUACCAAGGCCAAGAUGCUCAUCAUCGAGGGUCCGAAGCGCUGGACCAAGCGGCAGCCGAAGCCCCAGAAAGGCUACGGACGGCGCAACGGUGGCUUCUGA